AUGUCUGCUCCCAGACUUGUCUCUCGCCUUUUGCGUCCCUCUACAGGGGGAUUCAAUGCUCGCCACGUUACCGGCCUUCAGCGUUCCUUCGGCACGACCGGACUGCGCUUCAAGGGUCCUGAAGAUGCCUACACGGGCAAGCUCGAACACUUCACAGGUGGUCGCCAAGAUCAAGGGCCAGCGAAGCCCGAGUUAGAAGUUGGAGAAAUGGAGGGUAUCACAUUCAAGGUUGAGCCUUUGAGAAGAACUAAUGAGGAUACUUCAACAAUGCGAGCCCGGUUACUAUACCAGAGCCGGAAGCGCGGUAUUCUCGAGUCCGACCUUCUUCUCUCAACGUUCGCCAAUGUCUAUUUAGGCAAAAUGUCUCACGCCCAGCUGCAAGAAUAUGAUCGCUUCCUCGAUGAGAACGACUGGGAUAUCUAUUACUGGGCGACGCAGGACCAUCCCUCCGAGCUCCCUGAGAGCGCAAAGCCGCCCAAGGAAGACACCGUCACGGAGACUUGGAUGAACACCGGUGCCAAGAGUGGCGAGUGGGCGCAAACCGUUGGCGCGUUCAAGGCGGCUUACCGACCUGUACCCUCGCGCUGGGCAGACUCGGAGGUCUUGCGCUUGUUGCGCGCGCAUGUGCAGGAUAAGAGCGCGACGGGCUUUGAAUCCGCCAAGAAGAAGAAGCAUGAGGCUGGUAGCGGCCUGGGCCGGAUGCCUGAUGUCCAAGUCUUCACUAAUUAA